CCGCCUGGUCGCACUCAGCCUUAUCACACUUGUAGAUGAACAUUGUCUAGUGACUACAAACUUAUAUAGUAUGGCUCGUAUCCGGUCCUCGAUAUUACACGACCUCAUCAUUUAACACACCGAACACACUAUGUCGCAAGGUCAGAACUUCUGCCCAGUGUACCGAAGUCACAUUAAAGCGACAUAUUCCCGGGCAGCACAGAGACAUCUUACAACACUUCCACAAUCAGAAGAUAGCGCCCAUUCGCGGUGUACUGAACAUGGAUGCAGGGGUCAUAUCAAGAAAGGCAACAACAAACCCAAGCACUGCAGCGACUGUGAGGGUUGUGGACUGGUGGGCCCCUCGCUGACAGACAUCAAAGAUUGCAUUAGGAGCGGCAGCAUACCUUUGCUUCGUUUCAGAACUUCUGGGAAGGGCAAAUUUGGGAUCGAAGUAGUCAAAGCGACUUUCGAGGCUCGAUAUGUGGCUGUGUCACACGUAUGGACAGGCGGUCUUGGAAAUCCCAAUGCCAAUGGGCUGUAUGAAUGUCAACUCCGAAAGGUUGCAGCGUCCGGAACACAGAUUCGGCGGAUUAUCGAGGCAGGGAGAAUGCCCUCAUUUCGAAACAUGUUCCGCCGCAUACAUCGGCAACUUGUACUUGGGGAUAUUGAUCUCUUCUGGGUUGACACACUUUGCAUUCCAGUGCGCGAAAUGAGCGGCGAAGAUGAGACAGCGGCAAGUAGGGAGAUGCGCGGGAUGGCCAUCGACCGCAUGACACAUAUAUACGCUGGUGCGCAUUCUGUGCUAGUCAUUGAUCCGGAGAUGCGCCAUCUAGAAAACGAUAUGCUGAGGACUGAUCCCAACCAAUUAUAUGGCCGCUUCAUUCGCUCGGACUGGAUGCGACGAUGUUGGACCUAUCAAGAGGGCGCCAUGGCUGGCCGAUUAUUCGCCUUGCUGAAUGAUGAACCUAUCUAUUUGACGCGUCUCCGCUACCUUAUCUUUCAAGGCAACCCGGAACAAGCCAGCGCAUUGCGUCAAGAACUCACUAAAUGGAUCUCCGAUCUUCCCGGCCCUCGUCAGACUCAAGAAUACGCAUCGCGACGCUUCAUCAUCGGGCGAGAUCAAGAAACAUUCGCUGAGGUAUGGACGGCUCUCAUGUCGAGGACCACCUCGCAAGAAGCUGAUCUUUAUCUCAUCUUUGCGCUGAUGAUGGACCUCGUUGUUGGUCCUCUGGUAACGAUUAGACACGAAGCGGACCGAAGCCGGCAGUUACGUACCAUCUUCAAUUCGCUUGAAAUUGUCCCAUUGGACUUCAUAUACAGCACAGAUGUUUGUUCUGAAGCUUGUUGGCUGCCUAAGAAGAUGAGCACACAAGAAUUCUCUGGCAACUACCUCAGACGACAUUCUCACGAGGAAUCCACAUUGGUGCUCACAGCGGGGGCCGCCAUGGCAGGACUAGUCUCGCCAGGCCUAUACCUUGUUGAUACGAGAGCUUUGAAGCGGAAUGAACUUGUCAUCGAGACUGUCACUGGGCAACGUUCAGUUCACUUACGCUUCUCUCACAGCGUCCUAGCACGACUACCAAAAUGUUCUCCCUUGGUACUAAUGAUCAAGGACACAGACGCUUCAGAUGACGGCCUUGAGAGCAGCGCAGCCAUUUUUGAGCGAAUAUCAGAUAUGGAUGCGGAGAGCAAAUGGCAGUUGAAAAGGCUUUGUGCAAUAAGCUGUACGUUGGAAAGAACUCCCAAUCUCAGCAGAGGUGUCUCAAGCCACGAGAAUCUCUUCGUCACAUUGCCUGAACAAGCGUUUGAGAUUCAAUGUGACUUUGGCGAUGCCCUGCGCCUCAAACCCCACCGAGACCCUCUCAUGGGGGGAAACCCAGGCAUAGAGGUAGUAGUACCGAUGUACAUGCACCGCGACUCUCAUAUAAUGCUCUUCUUCUCCCUUUACCUUCUCUUAACGGGACUUAUUGGAUGCAUACCGAGCGCCAUUAGUUUUAGUCCCGUAUGGCUCCUACUCAUAGUCUAUGUCGCUCUUAUUCCCAUGAUCAUCGAUUUGUUCGAGACCCAAGACCGCAGCAAACGCCUGGGUAACGACAUCAUGCAUGCACAGUGGAUCGAUGCUUUGACUCCCGACCUGAGAGGUAGCGCGCUUCCCAGAAGCGUCAAGCUGUUGAAACGCAUUAAUCACGGGCCUAUCUGGACAUGCUCACAGCUCGCAAUUGGCUUGUUGUUCAUAGUAUUGGGUAUUAAGUACUACAGCAACAGGGACCGAAGAGUGAUGAUUGUGCUCGGGAUCAUGUGGAUUCUGGAGCUGGGGGUCAGAUGGGCUUUGGAAUUGACUUACAACUACGUCUGGAGAGUGGGGAAAAGGCAUCCAUUAGUUCAGGAGUUUCUACAGGACUCGAGGUUGACGAAGUGGUGCAAGCGCUGGUUUGGGUGGCCUAAAGGUGAAUCUGGCACCGGAAGACAGGGUUGGUACGUGUACUGAGAACGGCAUGACUUGGAGGCCCUUGGCGAAGUGCACUACAAUGAUUGAUCGCGAGUAGCAUAGCUGACUUCCUUCCCUCAAUUCACAUAAUCGUCUGACAAGACCAAUCGUUGUCGCAGUACCUACCUAAGUAUUUCCAGAACAAGCAAUAGAAUACAUUCCCUACCAUAGUAG